CAUCAUGACCCAAGUCCAGUCCAUAUUGGCGGGCAACAUGCCCGAGGACAUUGAGAAAGGAGAUAUUCAGUUGCGAGACUUAGUACGCUCAUUUUCCACGUCCGUCCUUCAGCAACGAGCUCAAGAUGUCCGAAAUCAGCGCAUCAAUUGGCAAUCCUAUCACAGCUCGAAUGUGAUCGGCGAGGAGGAUUUCAAGUUCAUUGCCCGCAUUGAUAUCCCGGAUCAUCGCGCACGAGAUGCGGUGGUGAGGGAGAAUCCCAUGCAAUUGGCCAAGACCUUUGUGAACUUGCUGAACCUGAUCUCGAAGGACCAGACCAUUCAAUAUCUCCUGACCUUAUUAGAUGACCUUCUCCAAGACGAUAAAUCGCGAGUGGAUUUGUUCAAACAAUAUGCGGCCUCCCGGAACGAGUCCGUGUGGGUGCAUUUUCUGAAUCUACUGAACCGUCCCAUGGGUUUCAUCAUGAACAUGACCUCGAGAAUCAUUGCCAAGAUGGCCUGUUGGUCUCGAGAGCUGAUGGCGGGAUCAGAUCUGCAAUUCUACUUGACCUGGCUCAAGGAUCAGCUUCGAGCCCCGGGUAAUGAGUACAUCCAAAGCGUGGCUCGUUGCCUCCAAAUGAUGCUUCGAAUUGACGACUACCGAAAGGCCUUUGUGCAUUUGGACGGGAUCUCAACCGUGGUCUCUGUUUUGUCUGGACGGGUCAAUUUCCAGAUCCAAUACCAACUCUCUUUCUGCCUUUGGGUAUUGACGUUCAACGCUGACAUUGCCGAGAAGCUUCACAAGUUUGGCGUGAUCCCCAUUUUGGCGGAUAUCUUGACGGAUGCACAAAAGGAGAAAGUGAGCAGGAUAAUCUUGGCCGUAUUCAGGAAUCUGAUCGAGAAGCCCGAUGAUGCCCAAAUCGUGAAGGAGAACUGCAUUUCCAUGGUUCAGUGCAAGGUUAUGAAGCAACUGGAGUUCAUUGAGCAGAGAAAGUUCGACGACGAGGAUAUUCUGGCCGAUAUCGAAUUCCUCAAGGAGAAGAUGGAAGCAUCUCUCCAUGAUCUCAGUUCGUAUGAUGAGUAUGUAACUGAGGUGCAUUCCGGUCGAUUAGAAUGGUCACCCGUGCAUCGGUCCGAGAAAUUUUGGCGUGAGAACGCUCACCGAUUGAACGACAAGAACUACGAAUUGCUGAAGAUGCUUAUCCAUCUCCUGGAGACCACCAAAGACCCGCUGGUCCUGAGUGUAGCCUCGUUCGACCUCGGCGAAUAUGUGCGCCAUUACUCUCGUGGGAAGCAUGUUUUGGAACUAUUGGGCGGUAAGACGAUCGUGAUGAGUUUAUUGGCUCACGAGGACCCGAAUGUUCGUUAUGAAGCACUCUUGGCCGUUCAAAAGCUAAUGGUGCACAACUGGGAGUACUUGGGACGCCAAUUGGAAAAGGAGCAAGUCAAGAAAGGCACUCCACUUCCCAUUAAGGCCAGUUAAGUCGAAAAUGUUUCUUGGCGUUUCAAUGCGAUCGGCGGUAAG